UAUAAUUUAAUCAUUACAAUAGGAUUUAAGAAUCAGAAUAAAUUUAAAUUUCAGGUUUUUCAAAUAUUCUGGUUAUCACCUGUUAUACACAUGCAAUAACAUAUUCUUUUUACUUAUUUCUUAUUAAACAUUCGUUCUUAAAAAUUUUUUAAAUCUAUUUAACUUGUAAUUUCGACUCAAUGAAUUAAAACAAAAAUAAUUAUUAUAAUUACGUAAUAUUUCAUAAGCAAGAAUAUAAUGUUCACUGUAACUUGCAAUUAUUUAACAUUAAUUAAUCUGUGAUCACAUAAUUAAAAAAACUAUUCAAAUAAAGGAUUGUGUAACAAUCACAAAAGUAGAUAUAAUAAUAUAAAACAUAAUAUAAAUAAAGCGGUUGUAGAGAAGCAAUGAUGAUGAACUUACAACAUAAAAUAUGCAUGGUAUCUGACUUUUUUUAUCCUAAUAUGGGUGGCGUUGAAGAGCAUAUAUUUAAUUUGUCACAAUGUUUAUUAGAACGAGGACAUAAGGUUGUGAUAUUAACACAUUCGUACAAAGAUCGAAUUGGGAUACGUUAUAUGACCAAUGGAUUAAAGGUAUAUUAUAUUCCAGUCAAAGUAUUUUAUAAUCAAUGUAUCUUGCCAACGAUGAUAUGUUCUAUUCCUCUAAUUCGAUAUAUACUUAUUAGAGAAGAAAUAGAGAUAAUACACGGACAUUCUGCAUUUUCUGCUUUAGCGCACGAAGGAAUGUUAAUUGGCAGAUUAAUGGGAUUAAAGACGGUAUUCACAGAUCAUUCAUUGUUUGGAUUUGCAGAUGCAUCUGCUAUUUUAACAAAUAAAUUUUUAGAAAUUUCUUUAGCAGAUUGUAAUCAUUGUAUAUGCGUAUCGCAUAUAGGAAAAGAAAAUACUGUUUUGCGAGCAAAAGUUCAUAAAGAAAAAGUAUCUGUUAUUCCAAAUGCUGUGGAUACCAUGCUUUUUACACCAGACAUUAACAAACGUAAUAAUGAUUUCAUUACUAUAGUAGUAGUAUCACGAUUAGUAUACCGAAAAGGUGUAGAUCUCCUAGCUCAUGUAAUACCUGAAAUAUGUUCGCGACAUAAAAAUGUAAACUUCUUAAUUGGAGGGGAUGGUCCAAAACGAUGGCUUAUAGAAGAAAUACGAGAAAGAAAUUUAUUACAGCACAGGGUUACCUUGCUUGGAAGUUUGGAACAUGCUCAGGUCAAACAUGUUUUAAAUAAAGGUCAUAUUUUUUUAAAUACUAGUCUCACGGAAGCUUAUUGUAUGGCAAUUGUUGAAGCUGCCUCUUGUGGUUUACAAGUUGUAUCUACUAAAGUCGGAGGAAUACCUGAAGUAUUACCUCCAGAUUUGAUUUACUUGGUGGAACCAACAGUAUCAGAUCUUAUUAAAGGAUUAGAACAAGCUAUGUCUGACUAUAUGAAAGGAAAUAUAAGUCAUCCAUUUGAUGUGCAUAGAAGAAUAAGUUUAUUUUAUAAUUGGUUCAACAUCAGUAAAAGAACUGAAAUUGUUUACAACUUAGUCUCAAAUGAAGCAAAGAAAAAUUUAGGUCAACAAUUAACAAGCUAUAUUCAGAGUGGUGUAUUACCAUAUCUGCUAGUUGUAUCACUGUGUUAUAUUAUAUUAAAAAUUUUAGAAUAUAUGGUUCCUAGAAAGUAUAUUGACAUUGUAAAGGAUUAUAAAGAAAAACAUAUAGCAUCGUCAAAGGAGAGAAAAUAGUAAAAAAAAAAGAGGAAAUCUUUAGUAAAAUUUAUUCAAUUAUUUUAUCGAUUAUUUAUGAUUUACCAAGGAAACAUAAAUCUUUUUUGGACCAUUUAAACUAAAUUGUCUUUUUAUAUCACUACACCUUUUAUAUAGUAUACAAAAACUGUAUGUAUAAAGUAUUUUUUAUAUUUAUUAGAAUUUUAUACGAACGCAUAUUCCUUUGUAACAUUCUACACUUUGAUUAUAAAAUAUUAUAUAAUUAAAAUUAAUAUAUGUAUCUUAACUAAUAAAUUUAAUGAAAUUAAAUAUAAGAAAAUAAUAGUUUAUCAGAAGAAAUUGUAUAUAAUUUUGUAAAUCUGCCUUAAGUGUUAUGUGUUGUGUUAGUGUUUAUAUACACAGUUUUGUAUGUGUGUGUGUAAUCCUAAUAAUACAUUUUUUAAUAAUAUAUUUUUUUAUAAUAGAAAAAAAUAAAUUAUCUAUUUUUUCUUUUAAGUUAUUAUUUUUGUAAGUUUAUCUUCAUUAUAUUUAAUAGUUAAAAUAUGUGGUAAUUUUUUAACUUUUAUAUUACCUUAUGAAAAAGUAUAAAACAUGGCAAAGAAAUAUGCCUUUGUAUAAAACAACGAAUACUUUCUACACUCACUAUAUGUUUACUUUAAAUACUUUUAUAAUCAUAUAUUAUUGUUAAAAAUGUUUAUAAAAUAAAUACAAAACUUUAUAAGUAAGCAAUAAGAAUAAUAUAUCCAAGAUAUAGAUAUUAUUAUUAAUGUAUAAGAAAAAAAUAUGAAUUAUACAAUGUCUUAUAUAACGUUUCCCUUUUUAUAAUCUUUAUCUUACCAGUAAAAGAUGAUGCAGCAACAGAAUUUUUAUGUAAAAUCUAUUAUUACGCAAAUGUCUAUAUUUUAUAUUCAAUUCUUUUUUCUAUUAUCUUACCAAUUUAAGGAAAAUUAUAUAAAUUUCAUUCAGAAAACAACGUCAUUCAAAUGUAAGUAAAUAUAAAUUUUUAACAAAUUCGUUGUAAAUAUGAAAAAUCAGUUAUAUCUAAAAAUAAAAAUUUUUUGAAUUAUGUAUAAUAUAUAAAACGAAAAACAAAACUAUCCAAUUGAAAAUAUAGUAAUAUUUAUUUUAAUGUUUUCCAUUAGAUACAAUAAUAAUAUUGAUACAAUAUCAAUUAUCUGUUUCUGCCUAAUCAUCAUUGUAUUACUGUACAUUUAUCUAUUUAUACAUAAAUCUUUCAUAUAAGGGCCAAUGGAAUUCUCCUAAAACUAUUUUGUAUAAAUUCUAAGAGAAAACCAAUGAACCUUAAUUAACAAUUAUUAUAAUAUUAUGAGCGGUCAGAUCUGUUGUAACAUUCCGCGCAAAGAGUAGAGUAUCCGUGCCAUGUUAUCAAUCUAUAAAUUCAAUUAGAAACAAAAAAUUAAAAGGCUAAAAAUAUUUAUGCAUCAUGAAAUCAGAUAGUUAAAUUUUUCAACAUAACAUUUAUGGUUACAAGUAAAACUACAAAAUUAUUUAAUUUUAUUUAAUAUAUUAAUUCAAUCUUGCAACGAUUCCAUAAUGCUAGCUAUUUGAUUGAAAACAAAAAUUAAAAAAGUCAUAUUGGUAAGAUCCAUACAUAGACAAGCAUCAUUAUUAAUAAUUAUUAUUAUUAUUUCUUAUAUUUUCGAUAAUGUCUUGUAAAAUUAUUAACAAAUAUUUGAAUUUUUUUUAUUUUGUACAUUAUUUUCACUGCAGUUACAAAUACAAAUGAUUAGUUCUUAGAACUUAUUAAAUAAUAAAGAAUUCUUAUUCUGCAGAUAAUACGAAAUUGUAUAUCUAUAUUUCUAAAAAAAAGAAAAACAAAAAAGAAAACACUGCCGUAUUUAUAAACAUAAGUUACUAUUGUACAGGUUAGUAUGCGAAGCACAGCAAGAGCAAUCUUGCUUGCAACUUUUUUUUCAUUCAUUUAUUAUUUAGAAACAAUAUAAUAUUACAUGUAACAUUUUCUUACGAUAGUAUAAUUAUAUCUAUUACCAUACGAAAAAUUUCUUUACUGCAGAAAAAGUGCGACUUACUGUUUUUUUUUUUUAAACGGUUUAUGAAAUAUAAUGUAAAGCAGAAUUUUUAUGACAUUUUCUAGAAAGUAAGAAAUCCAUAGGAUUCAUAUAUACGACAUGCUCGAUUGCUUAACACUGAUGCACAUUAUGCUGUGCUCUGUACAAAAAUGAUAUAUAUGUGUGUGUGUGUGUGUGUGCGUGUAUGUGUAUGUGGGGGGGUAUGUGUAUGUGUGUAUAUAUAUAUAUAUAUAUUUCCAUGAUUUUAAAUAAAUUUUAACAAUGUUAAAUUUACCGUUUAAUACCUUUACAAGCACAUAUUGCUAUCGACUGCGAUGUUUCUAUGUAUACAAGUUAUCGAUUGACAUAAAUUCUUUGUAUUUCGUCUAUGUACUAAAAUGAUGAUGAUGAAAUUUUA